AUUACAUUACUCACCACUACUCACUUUUUCUUCACACACACAAAGAAAUUUCAGUCUUCAAUGGGAGUGUUCCACAGACCCCCUUCUUCAUAACCCAACCCUUUUUUUCUUUUUUCUUUUUUUCUUUUUCUUCUUCUUUCCUUCAAUCUACUAUCCCUUCUUCUUCUCCUCCUUCAUUUCUUUUUUUCGAUUCGGUAUCACUUCAUUACGCCAUCCUUUUUCCUCUUUUUUUUUUUUCUUUAUCUCUGUGUUCUGCAUCAACGAAUGUGCGUCUGAGGUCUCUUUGUUUUCGAUUCUGGAGAGAUGGGUAGUGUGUCUUCCGAUGACGGCUCCGACCAACUCAGCGAUCGUUGUGGGAGCUACAGUUUGAGUGCUGAUGUCAGUGAGUCAGAGAGUUGUAGUAGCUUUUCUUGCCGGAGGUUUGAUGGUGAAGGGGCUUCCAGCUCAAUGGCUUCUUCUCCCCAUCCUGUUUCUGCGAAUUUCUGCUUUCCCCCGCCGGUUUCCUUGCCGGUGCUUGGGGGCAAGGAUGUUUUUGUUUGGGAUGACAAGUCUAAGAAACGGGAAGCUGAUUUAUCUGAAGUCGAGAUGAUGAAGGAGAGAUUUGCCAAACUUCUCCUUGGUGAAGACAUGUCGGGGGGAGGGAAAGGGGUUUGCACAGCUCUUGCUAUCUCGAAUGCCAUUACCAAUCUCUCUGCUAGCGUAUUUGGUGAAUUAUGGAGAUUGGAGCCACUGGCGCCACAAAAAAGGGCAAUGUGGCAUAGAGAAAUGGAAUGGCUUCUAUGUGUUUGUGAUUCUAUUGUGGAGCUUGUUCCUACAGUUCAGCCUUUCCCUGGUGGAGGUACUUACGAAGUAAUGAUGUCUAAACCACGCUCAGACUUGCACAUGAACCUCCCUGCCUUGAAGAAGCUUGAUGCAUUGCUUCUUGGUAUUCUUGGUGGGUUUUGUCAUACAGAAUUUUGGUAUGUUGAUCGGGGUAUAGUUUUGGGUGACUUGAAUGACUGUAACGAUUUCCUGCCUGGUGGAAGGCCUUCGAUUAGACAAGAAGAUAAGUGGUGGCUUCCUUGCCCAAAAGUUCCAGCAGAUGGCUUGUCUGAGGAUGCCAGAAAGAGGCUGCAGCAGUGCAGGGACUGUACUAAUCAAAUACUCAAAGCAGCCAUGGCAAUCAAUAGUAAUGUACUUGCAGAAAUGGAAGUUCCUGCGGCUUACAUGGAAACAUUGCCUAAGAGUGGCAAAGCUUGCUUGGGUGAUAUCAUUUAUCGCUACAUGACCGCUGACCACUUCUCGCCUGAAUGCCUCCUCGAUUGCUUAGACCUUUCGUCAGAGCAUCACACCUUGGAAAUAGCAAAUAGGAUCGAGGCUUCAAUUCAUAUUUGGAGACAAAAGGACCAUAAAAGAAGCGGUCAUCGCAACAAGGGAAGACGACCAACAUGGAGUGGCAAGGUCAAGGGCAUUGUUGGAGACCCUAGGAAGAGUAACAAUUUGGCCAGGAGAGCAGAGACCCUUCUUGACAGUCUAAGACUAAGAUUUCCAGGAUUACCACAAACAGCAUUAGACAUGGCUAAGAUCCAAUAUAACAAAGAUGUGGGGCAAUCAAUUCUUGAAAGCUAUUCAAGGGUGAUGGAGAGUUUGGCUUUCAACAUCAUGGCACGGAUUGACGAUGUCUUAUACGUAGACGAUGCGAUCAAGCGAUGCGUCAAAGCGGAGUCAAUCUCACUUUUCAACAGAGGUUUAGGUGGUCUUCCAAUUCAGAAACGGAUGUCUCCAAGCCCCUUCUCAAUCCAUCAGAGCCCAUUUGCCUCACCAUUUGCAACUCCAACUUUCUGUUCCUCUACUCCAGUUGGAGGAAGCCCAGGAAGACUAUCUCCUCCCCCAACUGUAAAAAGAAGCAAUACGAAGAAAGAAACUGCAGUUCUAAGUAAAGACAAACAAAGCCAAAGUGAGAAAGAUAAAAUCUGGUCAUAUGCUGGGAAUCUUAGUGGUAGAAGAGUCUCUGGGGUGACUCCAGAGAGAGAUUGAUUGUUAAAUUUCUUGAAUCUGACAAUGGUAACUUUGCUAGUUUUGAUGAGACCAUUCUACUGUAUAUUAUUACGUAGCAAGUAGAAAUGUAGAAGAGACAGAUGAUUCAGCAGAAGAUGAGAUAAUUUUUCGAUACAUUUUCUUAUAUAAAGCACUUUUGUAAUUAUAUGCAUUGUGUAAAAAAGAAAAAGGAAUUUGAA